GAUAAAUUAAAAUAGAUUUAAGUCUCUAUAUGUAGAUUUUAUUAAGUUCUAUUGUUACUUUGAUGUUAAUGCUUCUUUUACCUUGAAAAGUUGAAAUUAUUACAGAACAUGGAAGACGACAAGUUUGCAUUGGUGGAAAAAAUUAUAAAAGAUAUUAACAAUGUUCUUUCUAAAUCCCCUGAUGUGUACACAUUCGACAUAAUACCAUUGGACAAUAAUCAACAAAACAAAUCCCCUGUUUUAUUCUUAGAAAAUUGUUUGGGCUUAGAGUCCUGGUGUGUUAAGCACGUUUACAUGUAUUGCUAUUCAGAAUUAAUAGACAAAUUUUGCUACAAACAAAAAAGGCAUGCAAAAAAGUUUUCUACAAUAAACUCAGACCGUCUUGUUAGAUUACUAAAUGUGAUACUCUUAUUAAACCCAGAUAUAGGUACAUUUUGGAAUAAACGAAGGGACAUAGUCCAAGAUAUGUUGCUGGACAAGAUUUAUGAAUUACAUUAUUCAAGAUUGAUUUUGUCAAGAAAACCCAAGUGUAAUGAUGCAUUUGCAUAUAGACGGUGGAUUUUAGAUAAAAUUUUUCAAGAUGAAUCUGUAUCAAACAUUGACAGCUUAGUAAAUGACGAGUUGAAUAUUUGUGAAUUAGCAUCGGACAAGUGCCCUAAUAACUACCACAGCUAUUGCCACAGGAAGUGGUUGGUUAAUAAUCUAAAAACAGUUCCCAAAUAUACAAACAUGGAUUCUCUCUAUGUCAAGGAAUAUAAUUUUUCCGAAAGAUCAACUUCGAAACACGUUUCUGAUUACAGUUGCUUUCAUUAUCGACAGUUCUGUGUGAAAAAUAUAUUACAUCUUACCAGCAGUUCAUGGAAGACCUUGAAGAGUUCUUUAGAUAUUGACCUCCGAAAAGUAAUGGUCAGGAUUUUAGCUGCUAACUUUCCAAAGGACACAACGGUACAAGCUUCAGAAGAAAACUUAAUAGCAUAUUCUGAAGAGAAUCUAAUGAAUCUACUACUCGCUUACACACACAGAAAUUGUUAUUGUGUGGUUGAUUUUGUGCAUUUGUGUCGAAAACUUGAGAUUCUUUUCUAUGAAUUGUCAAUUAAUAAUGAGUUAAUAUGUUUUUACAAACACCAUGAAACAUUGUGGUACCAUCGGAGAUUUAUUUUGCAUGAAAUAAUAGUUGUGAUGUACGAUCAUUUCGGGCUGGUGAGGCAUAAUGGAGCCCUCGUCAAGAAAAUGUGUAAAAUGUGCAAUAAUAUUGAUAUAAGACAAAAACAAAAUAAAAUAGUGAGAUACGACAGCAACCGCAUCUAUUCCAGUGUUUUGUUCCAAGCUGUUAUAACACAUGAAAUACGAUUUAUAAAUGACAGAAGAGAUGAUGGUGAUAAUUAUGCAGAUAGACAUCAAAAGUAUCUUAAAUUUGUUGAAGGUCUUAACAGUGUUUUAUAAGUCACAACAUUUCCUAUCUUUUAUCAGGAAUUAGGAUCUAUAUUAUAUAUUUUUUCACUUAAACUAUGUUUGUUGUAAGCUAUAGUUAAUUAUCAUUUUAGCCUUCUAAUUAUUAGUGUAAGUGAUUUUAGUAUUAAAGUAAAAGCAGUUGUGUAAUUUAAUAAUCGAAACA